AUGAGUUUAAUUCUUCUCUAUCUAUAUUUCUAUUCUUUCAUUAUUAUUUUAGAUAUAACUGGUCUUUCAUAUUUCACUAAUUUAGAAAUUAUACAUGAUCAAUUAAAUCGAAUAUUUGAUUGUUUUCAAUAUUCUAAAUGGAAUAAACAAUUAACUUAUAUUCUAUUAGAUCAAUUCCUUUUAGAAUUAUUUCCGGAACUUCAUUUAAAUAAUACAAAUAAUAAUGAUGAGAUGAAUACUAAUACUUCUCAUACUACUACUAAUACUACUCAUACUACUAAUAAUACUAACACUAAUGCUACUACUACUACUACUACUACUACUACUACUACUACUACUACUAAUGAUAAUAGUGAUAUGAUGCUUAGAGUAUGAAUUAGCUUCUCAUGAUUAUUAUCUCUUAUACUACACAUAUGAAAUAUUAUUGUACAGAAAUUAUAUUUGUGUAAAAUUCAUUUUGUUUACUUUGAGAUUAUUAUUAUUAUUAUGUCAUUGUUUUUAUGUGAAUUGUCACACGCGCACACACACACACGUACACACGGCAAUGUACCCCCCUCCCUCUAUAAAUAUAUACUUAGAUACACAACUGUAUAUGAAUUGUCAUAUUAUGGAAUAGUUAUAUUAUCAUUUGAAUUAUAUUUUUAUUGUCCUUUACUGUAUACUGUUUGUUUGUUGUUGUUGUUGUUGCUGCUGCUGUUGCUUCUGCUGUUGUUAUACAUCAGUUGCUUGUUUCAUUCAGUUGUUGUGAUAAAAAAAAGAAAAGAACGAGAGAAAGAAAGAAAAGGAAAACAAUUAUACCCUUACAUAAUCAUAUUAUUAUCACUACAGAGCAUGUUUAAUGUAAUAUAAAGAUAAACAGAUAUGUAUAUUGAUAUGAAUCUAAUUUCAUUGAAAUUAAUCUCAAUGUAGAAUUAGUAAUAAAACAUUGAUAUAACACUUUGUUAUUAUAUUCAUUAUGUUAUUUAUGGUUUGUUUACUUGUGUACACAUAUACAUACUACAUACUCU